GCCAAAACGAGUUUCAUCUCCUUCAAAGUUGGCCAGCGAGUCCACUCGGUCGGGGAUCCCCGUCGAAUCGGCAGCGUCAAGUAUGUAGGAACGGUGGAAGGGUACUCCGGCAGUUGGGUUGGCGUCGACUGGGACAAUGGUGAUGGCAAGCACGACGGGACGGUGAAUGGAGUUCGCUACUUCCAAGCGAGAUCGGGCCGAUCUGGGUCGCUGGCUCGUCCUCAGAAUUUGAGCGCCGGCAUUUCUUUCCUGGAAGCUCUGUGCAUCAGGUAUAAAGGCCAGUCCACUAAGGAAGAAGAAGAGGAAAUGUAUGUGCUUUCGGCUAAGAACAGAAGGGUGCCUGUGGAAUUUUUGGGUUAAGAGAAAAUUCAAGAUAAGCUGAGCCGGUUUGAUGA